AUGGCAGCUCUCGUUCAGACAUUACCGCAACAGACAACCACGGUCACUAUGCUUCAAACUCGACCAUCCUCUGCCUCUGGCCCCCUACAACCUUCGCAGAAUCAAGCUUCAUAUCACCAGUAUCCCGUCAGCCAACAACCCCGAAAUACCUUUCAUGGCUUGAACAACAACAAUAUGGCAACGUCAAAUUACCGUGGUCAUAAUUCCAUGGCCCCAAUUGCACCAUAUGCAUUCACUAGCACAUCCGGUCCAUCGAUAGGAGGUCAACAAAUACAGAAUGGAUCUCAGUCAAGACCGGAGCAGCAGAGAACAUCGUCAGCCCCCAUAGUUCCCACAAUUCAAGGAGGCUCAGGUAAUCCUCCAAAUCGAUCACGCUACCCUGCCGCCCUCUCGGUGUCAACUACAUCCUCAUCUUCAUCGUCGGAGCUCUCUCAAAGAUCAGGCACAAAAGAUGAUUCGGCCAUCGCCUCUACAGCUCGAGUUGCCACCAGGGCUCCUCGACCGAAUUCCACCAUUAUCACAUCAUACAGUCAAAGUCUAGCUCCUCCUUUGGCUUCACCAGCAAAACCUACCCCUGAUCGCUAUCGUCGUCCUGCCGUUCGCCGUGCCGAGUCCUCGAACACCUCGAGCAGUAGUCAGGCCAGUGGUCCUAGCUCCUCGGCCUCAAUCAUGCCAAAUGUCAUGCAAUUUUAUGGCGCCAGUACUCAAGCUGUCAAUACCCAGGCAUUCAACUUACAGAUGCCACAACCACAAAAUCAACCAAGUGCAACCGCUGAUGAUAUGCAAUUGAAUCAGCGUACUACAUCGGAGCAGGCAAAGAGAUAUCGACGUCGGAGCAUACAUACAAUCGAUGCACACGAAAAUAGCAACACUAGUCCAAGUCCUGGAUUUUUACUGCAGGGGUCGAGGCAGGUGAGCAGCGCUAGUGGUCGUAUUGAUCAGCAGCCCGAGCAACACGGACAACACCCCUUGCGAAGUUCACCAGUCGUAACAGUACGGCCAGCAACUUCUCACGGACGGAACGAUAGCACCGAUAGUUUGAAAUCUACACGCAGCGGUCAUUCACGCCCGAAUUCGUCGGACAAGCGAGAAGCAACAAGUGUAUCGAUGGCAACUUCAAGCCCCGCUCAAUCUUCGACUUCUACCGUCGCAAAUUCAAAUACCUCAAAUGUUAAAGGCCAAGCGAUUUCCAAGAAUGAUCAGCCACGACUUGUGAACAUUCCAGUUCGUGGAUCCUCGACCGAUGCCGCGAAACGGCUUUCCAGUCCCUCUCCUUUAUCGAAGCCGGUGACGAUGGGUACCGAGUCCUCGGCGUCCAAGUCUAAGGACUCGUUUGCUUCAGCGGUCAAUGCAGCGUUGCAACCAGCACAACCUAAAUCUCCAUAUGCACAAGCUGCAACGAGCCCAAAUGCUACCAGCCCUGCUGCACAGCAAUUGGCUGCGUUGAAUGAAAAGGAAGGAAAAAAGAGCAAGACAUCGAGAUUGAGAAGGGCAUUUUCUUUUGGAUCAGCGGCUGAGUUACGGAAGGCGUCUGCAGAAAAUCAUCUUGCAAGUAGAAGUGGGAAUGAUAUUUUGGAUCGUUCCAAGUUACGAAGAGAAAAAUACCAACAUGAGCAAGAAGCAGAGCAAGAUAAGAUUGCCCAGCAACAAGAAGCUGCUGGUAUCGGAUCCAAUAUCUACUCCGGUCAAGGCAAUUUCUUCACUGGUUCAACCGAUAACUUAUCUAUCUCUUCGACUGCCUCAUCGGCGUCUGUAAUGAUCAGAAAAAUGGGCAAGGGCAUGAAGAAAUCGACGAGAUCUCUCGUUGGUCUUUUCAGACCCAAGUCUGUUAUUGGUGUCCCCGCAGCUGAUGCAGCUGUGCCUGAAGUCAGCCAAGCCCAAGUCUCGAUGGUUAACGUUGAAGCCGAAAGGGAGAAGGUCAAUGUAAACGCGAAUGCGGCCGACGCCGCUUCUGGUGGCACAGGCUUUCCGAGACUCGAGAGAAAUUCUCUUGACGCUGCCGCCACGGUUACCGAUCGUCUAGGGAGUGCUAACACCGAGAAUUCCGCAAACAGAAGAAGCAUUGUCGGUGGUGAAAAGGAGCGUGCUGAAGUCUUGGCCGCUGUCAAGAAGGGUAUCCUGAAACGCUCUGGUACAGGUUCUGGAAACUCGUCGCCUGUUAUCCUUCCUGCCGAUGUAAAGUCAGCAAACUUCAGUUUGCCACAAAUUCCCAAUGUUAAUAACGACUCCCCCAAUUCUACGGCCCCAAGUACACCGAACGAUGACCAAGUUCACAAGCAGGCGGUCACGUUGGGAGGAGAGGAUUAUUUUAUGUCGGCACUCAAAUUCAGGGGAGAUUCCAAGAGUGUUCCUGGAACACCUUCUGGUGCCACCAAAAGGAACGCUACAUUCAGUCCACGAAUACAGUUUCACGAUACGUGGCCCAGCCAAGAGUACGACCGCAGGGGCGAAAUUGCAACCUGCAACCGGCUCACCCCAAUGCUCGCCCAACAAAUCAAGGAAGAGCUUAACACUUUCAAAAUGGAAAUGGAGGUUCAUGAGAAUUCUAAGAUCUACACACAUUUCUUUUAA